AUGGCGCGGCUGGUGCUGGCGGCGGCGCGGCUGGUGCGCGGCUCGGCGCGCCGGGGGCCGAGGUGGGCCGCCCCGGGCCGCCGGCGCUUCAGCAGCGGCCCGGGCUCUGCGGCCGUCCCGCUGUCCUCGCCCCUGCCCGGCGUCCCCACGCCCGUGUUCGCCACCGUGGGCGGGCAGGAGAAGUUCGAGACCAAGGUCACCACGCUGGACGACGGGCUGCGCGUGGCCUCCCAGAACAAGUUCGGACAGUUCUGUACCGUGGGAAUUCUGAUCAAUUCAGGCUCCAGGUACGAAGCCAAGCACCUCGGCGGGAUCGCUCACUUCCUGGAGAAGCUAGCAUUUUCGUCCACGGCGCGUUUCAGCAGCAAGGACGAGAUCCUGCUCACGCUGGAGAGACAUGGUGGCAUCUGUGACUGCCAGACGUCCAGGGACACCACCAUGUAUGCUGUAUCUGCGGACAGCAGAGGCCUGGACACAGUGGUGGAGCUGCUGGCCGAGGUGGUCCUGCACCCCCGGCUCACGGAGGAGGAGCUGGAGCGGGCACGCAUGGCUGUGCAGUUUGAGCUGGAAGACCUCAACAUGCGGCCGGACCCGGAGCCGCUUCUCACAGAGAUGAUCCACGAGGCCGCCUACAGGGAGAACACGGUUGGCCUGCGCCGUUUCUGCCCCCCCGAGAACUUGGCGAAGAUGGACCGCGAGGCGCUGCACUCCUACCUGCGCACCUACUACGCACCCAGCCGCAUGGUGCUGGCCGGCGUGGGCGUGGAGCACGAGCACCUGGUGCAGUGUGCCAGGAAGCACCUGCUUGGCGCCCAGCCGGCCUGGGGGGUGGCCGAGGCCGUGGACGUGGACAGAUCGGUGGCGCAGUACACUGGGGGCAUCGUCAAGCUGGACAGGGACAUGUCCAACGUGAGCCUGGGCCCGACGCCGAUGCCCGAGCUCACGCACGUCGUGCUGGGGCUCGAGAGCUGCUCCUUCUUGGAGGACGACUUCAUCCCGUUCGCCGUGCUCAACAUGAUGAUGGGUGGCGGCGGCUCGUUCUCGGCCGGCGGGCCUGGCAAGGGCAUGUUCUCCAGGCUCUACCUCAACGUGCUCAACAGGCACCACUGGAUGUACAGUGCCACCUCCUUCCAUCACAGCUACGAGGACACGGGCCUGUUGUGCAUUCACGCCAGCACCGACCCGAGGCAGGUCCGGGAGAUGGUGGAGAUCCUCACCCAAGAGUUCAUCCUGAUGGGCGGCUCAGUGGACGCGGUGGAGCUUGAGCGAGCCAAGACGCAGCUGAGGUCAAUGCUGAUGAUGAAUCUGGAGUCACGGCCGGUCAUCUUCGAGGACGUGGGCCGGCAGGUGCUGGCUACACACUCCAGGAAGCUGCCGCACGAGCUGUGUGAGCUCAUCCGCAAAGUGAAGCCGGAGGACAUCAGGAGAGUGGCGUCCACGAUGCUGCGAGGGAAGCCAGCGGUGGCCGCCCUGGGCGACCUGCGCGACUUGCCCCCCUAUGAGCACAUCCAGGCGGCGCUGGCCAGCAAGGACGGGCGCCUGCCCAGGACCUUCCGGCUUUUCCGCUAGAGCUCUUGGCCCGGUGUGAAUGCUCUCCUGGCACCGCUGCGGACAUGGCAUGAAGGCAUGUGGCUCUGCCGUGGUGCCCAGGGCCCCCCACCCAGCCUUGUGGCUGCUGUGGCGCGGGUGUGAGUACUGGUGGGGCCCGGCAGAGCACAGAGCCACAGGGCGCAGCUGCCGGGCUGGCAGACUUGGCACGGGAGCCCCACCCGCUGCCCGAGCCUUUCCUGACAGCCUGGGCUGCACGCUGGGCUGCCAGUCCUGGGGCAGCCACGGGACACUGGGACUGGCCGGACUAGGACAGCCACGGGUGCUGCUCGUGUGUGGUGAUAAAGUGAUACCUC